AUGGUGUCAUUUGUCCUAGUGGAAGCAGAAUCACAUGAAGUGCUCAUGGAGCUGAUUCAGUAUUUGACCGGAAACUCAUUGAAAUUCACCGUCGCAGCAGACAUUCGCAGACUUUUUGCAAGGACUUAUUUAGAUGUUGAAGGCACAUCUGCCGGCGAUGUAACUUCGUCAAGUGGAGAUAUGAAUCCCGUUAGGAGCAGUUUGAUCAAUGUAAGAAAUGAGGGGAAUGAGAAAUAUACAAAGUUCUUUGAAAUGGUCUCACAAAUUGGAAGAAUCGGAAACGGGACGGAAAAUCAGCGUGAAAGAUCUGACAUUAAUGUUCCAUCGGCAGCUCCACAAUUUCACACCUCGAUGUCAAAUUUGUUUGGAGUUACUCCAAAAUCUGAACCUUCUGAAGCAACGUUUGGACGAUGGCCAAUUGUAACCGAGGCGUUGACCACUGAAUCAAUGACAUCGGAACUGCUGUGCACCGCCACUCCUUAUGUGGAAACGUAUCCGUCGGCAAGUGCCUCAUCUCUCGAAUCACGUGCACAUCAGAUCUUCGCUGCUGAUGGAGGAGGGUCACGGGGCCAGAAGCGUACCUGGAACCAGCACAACUCGCAAGCACUAGCGCCUGUACUUCACCCAAAACCAGAGGAGAGCGAGAAGAAGGAUAAAUUGCGUGAAGUAGCCUGUCAGAUCUGCGGAAAACGAAUAACAAUGCGUCGCUGCAAUCUUCGCCACCAUGCCGCUGUCGUUCACUCUGGAAUUGAAAGAUAUGCUUGCCGAUGCGGCUAUUCGACUGUGCAUCGCAACACGAUCAUUCGGCAUAUGUUGAAGCAUUCCGGGAUCGAAGAAGAAAAACACUAUGAGUUCACCGACAUGUUGACUCCAGCGGAGGCAGAGCGGAUCGAGCAUUUGACGGAGGAGUGUUUCCGAGAGUAUCGAACCGUGCCUCGAGGCAACGAAGAGAAUGACGAUCUCACUCGGACUCUGGAGGGCAUCGUCAGUGGAGCGAGUGUCUCCGCCCGGGACGAGGAACCUGAGGAAAGGGCGGGCAUGUCACCAUAG